CUGGAAGCAGUUCGCGAACAAGUUGGGCCCGUUCGAGGACGCCGUGUACUACAAGGGGCAGUUCUACGUGAUCAAUCUCCACGGCACGGUCAUGAGAUGCAGCGUCCCUCCCGUCGGAAGCGCCGAAGAGCCCUCAGCGGAGGUGAUCGCCUUCGGGUUCCCUUACGACGAUCUGAUUUGGGGAGAUUCUACGUAUCUAGUCGAACACCAAGGCUCGCUCCUGCAGGUGUUACGAAAGCGGCGGGCUUCGAAGAAGACCAGACCCGAUAAGCCGCUGCCGCAGCACCUGACGUUCGGCUUCCACGUCUUCAGGCUCGACCCGUCCAGCAGCGCGUGGGAGAUGAUAGAGAGCUUAGGAGACGGCGCUCUGUUUCUAGGGAUGAACACCUCCGUCUCCGUCUCGGCUGCCGACCUUCGAUGGUGCAAGGGGGACUGCAUUUACUUUACCGACGGCGACGAGUUGAGCCGCUGGUACGCCAUCUCACUGGGAGGCCGGCUCCUGGGAGGCCGCGGAGCCGGCCGCGACACAGGCUACUGCACCUUGAAAGACUGGGAGGUUCAUUAUCUCGACCAAGUUGCGUCCUACUCUCCCUCUUCCCCUCCUAUUUGGGUUUUGCCAUCUGCUGGUGAAGGUUAAUUUGAAGCCUCAACAAUGAUUCUAAA